AUGCCGAAGAAGGGAGCGUCAGCGAGAGCCAGAGCGCGAGCGGCGGAGAACGACGAGGCGACGACGAAGAAGGGCGCUGCCGCGGGCGGACGAAAGAAGAGGCAGACGCUGGGCGAGGAAAUCAGCGAUGAAGAAGAGGAGGUGAAAUUGAAGUCCGGCCGUGGCAAGAAGGCCGCCCCUCCGAGGAAGGGAAAGAAGCCGGACAGCGACAACGAUAGCGACAACGCUUCCGAUAACGAGAACGAAGAUGACGGAAAGGUGCCAAAGGCCAAGACCAGGCAAGCUACAGAUGUGAAGGUCGUCUCGAAGACGGCCAAGAUGCAGGCCAUCAUGGCCGAGGCGCAGAGCAAGGGAGACGGUUCGGAGUUCGUGAUCAAGCUUCAGGACUUCACCAUGUCCUUCGCCGGAUUGACGCUGCUCGACAGCACGAAUCUCACACUCGCAUUCGGACGUCGCUACGGAUUCGUGGGCGCGAACGGUCUGGGCAAGUCGACCCUGCUGCGGCACAUCGCCCAGAGGCUGUUCCCUGGCAUUCCGAAGAACAUCCAGAUCCUCUACGUCGAUCAGGAGGUCGAUGCGACGGACGCGACUCCCCUCGCCAGCGUGAUGGAAGCCGACGAGGAGCGAAACAACCUCUACAAGGAACUGGCCAAGCUCGAGGAGGAGAAGAAGGUCGAGGAGGCGCAGUACGCCGCGGGUGUCGAGCUCGAGUACGACGGCGCGCGCGAUGAGCGCAUCAUCGAGGUGCAGAAGCGAUUGGCCGAAAUCGGCGCCCACACGGCCGAGGCUCGCGCCUACGCCAUCCUCAGCGGUCUCCAGUUCACCGAGGAGAUGAUCAAGGGUCCCACCAGGCACCUCUCUGGCGGUUGGCGCAUGAGGAUUGCCCUCGCUCGCGCGCUCUUCUGCCGCCCGCAUCUUCUGCUGCUCGACGAGCCGACCAACCACCUCGACUUGCACGCUUGCGUGUGGCUCGAGGACUUCCUGUCCAAGUGGAAGAAGACGCUGCUGGUCGUGUCGCACGACGUCGACCUGCUCAACAACGUCUGCACGGACAUCAUCUCCAUCAGCCAGCAGAAGCUUUUCCAGUACCGCGGCAACUACGACGCGUUCGAGCACAUCGCCUCCGAGCAGCUGCGCCAGCAGAUCAAGGCCUACGAGAAGCAGCAGAAGCAGAUCAAGCAGGCCAAGAUCGAGAAGGGCAAGGCCGGCAAGGCCGAGGACGCUGCCAAGAAGAAGGCCAAGGAGAAGGGCAAAGGCGGCGGCGGCGGAGGCAACCGCAGGGAGGGCAGCAACCAGGCCAAGAAGGCCGCCAUGCGCAAGGUCCGCGAGGUCGAGGAGAUGGAGAAGAUCGCCAAGCCGCCUAAGGACUACCGGGUCUCCUUCUCGUUCGAGGAGGCCGACCCGCUGCCCCACCCCGUGCUCCAGGUCCAGGAGGUCGGCUACCGCUACCCCGCCGGCCCCGGCGAGCCCGAGAACCCGUUCAUCUUCGAGAACCUCAACCUGGGCAUCGAUCUCGACACCCGGAUUGCCCUCGUCGGCCGUAACGGCGCCGGCAAGUCGACCCUGCUCAACCUGCUCACCGGCGACGCCGAGCCAUCCAAGGGCAUGAUCAUCACCUCGCGCAAGCUCCGCAUCGCGCGCUUCACCCAGCACUUCGUCGACCAGCUCACCAUGGACCAGACCCCCGUCGAGUACCUCAUGACCCGCUUCUCGGGCAUGUCCGAGCAGGAGGCCCGCAACCAGCUCGGCAAGUUCGGUCUCACCGGCAAGGUCCAUCUCAACAAGCUCGGCACCCUCUCCGGCGGCCAGAAGAGCCGAGUCGUCUUCGCCACGCUCGCCAACAGCAAGCCCCACAUCCUCUUCCUCGACGAGCCCACCAAUCACUUGGACAUCCAGUCCAUCAAGGCCCUCGCCGACUCCCUCCGCGAGUUCAACGGCGGCGUCGUGCUCGUCACCCACGACCAGUACCUCAUCUCGGCCGCCUGCAACCGCAUCUGGUGCGUCGAGGGCAACGGCAAGGUCUUCGAGUUCCCCGGCGACUUCAAGGCCUACUCCGAGAAGCUCCUCGAGGAGAUCGCCUUCCACGAGGAAGAGGCCUAA